CAAGCUUUUCUUCCAAUUGGUCAGUAAGAUUCGGGGACUGGUCUUCCUUGCCCCAGGCACCAGAUUCUGCUUUCCCAAUUCCAGUUCUUUCCCUCUGAAUUAUUUCCUGAUUAUCCCGUAUAUCGCGCGCGCACGCACACACGUUUGCAUGCUGCCUCUCCCAUUCAACCGCGGCUCUUGGAGGGCCCUGCUUCCGCGUGUGCCGGGCUGUGCAGCUCAGGGUCAGGCGCCCCGGGAGAGCUUGACCAACGCCUUGGCAGCAGGCGGCCCCUGAGCUCCACGAAGUCUCAUCUUUCCGAGCCCAGGCUGACUUCCGACAUGCUGGGGGGCCCUGGCCAAGUCGCUUCCCCGUUUGCCUCAGUUUCCUCAUCUGCCAAGGAAACCGGAGAAGGAAAUGUCACACCGCUGCCGCGUCUCGGCAAGAAACCCUUCGGAGGACGUCGCCAGAGGGCGACAGGGCCGAAAGGAAGGAACGACCAGUGGUUAGUGGCGGUCGGCGGCCGGAGCGGAGCUCCCCGGCCCGGCCCGGGCCUUCACAGAACUGGGAGCAGCCGGGGCGAUGGCCGCUGCCGUUUCCGGUCUGCCGCAAUCACCGACAAUUAGCGGAGUUUAAGCUCCCGGGACGGGGCGGGGCUGGCGAAACGCUCCGGAAAAGAGUAAUCGUGAUGGGGUCUGGAAUUUUUUUGCCCCCGGCCCAUUUUAAAAAUAAUGGGGAGGGGGGGAAAGAAUUACAGGCUGCGCAUGCGUCUAGACCGUCUUGCACGACAGCCAAUCGAGCCAAUCAACACAGCAAUCCCGCCGGCAAAGCCCGCCUCCUUCUGGUGGCUUGGUUUCUUCCCGCCAGCCCCCGCACCACUCCCUAGGAGAUAACCGUAGCUAGCAGAGAAGGGGCGUGAAAGCCCCUCCGCCGCCGCUCCUGCAGCCUAGCGGCGACCCCGCGGCGCGCCUGCGCCCUGAGACCCCGCGGCGCGGCUGAGGGGACAUGAAGCUGGGCGGCGAGCCUGCCCGGCCCUCCCCCAACUCUUCCCCGGCCCGAGCGCGGCGCUGCCUCUCGAGGCCCAAUGCGGCCCAGGCUGGUUCGGGGAGGUGCGAGGAGAGCCCCGCUGACAGAAACCAAUCAAUUACAGAUUUCUUCAAACCAGUCCCAAAGCAAGAUAAACUUGAGUUGAACUCAUCACAAAGCACAAAUUAUAAAUGUGAAAGAGAUAGAUUAUUACACACCGACAUAAGGCAAUUUGAAAGAAAAAUAUCUUCACCAAAAAAUCUGUGUAUGAAAAUGCCACGUACACCACCAAACAAGAAUUCUAUUGCAGAAACUUUGAUGAGAGGAUUGAAAGAGAAAAAAGGCAAAAGAGAUGUACCUGAAGGAAAUGGUCCUUUUCUAGUGCAGAAAACCCUCUCUUUAGUAGUUGAAAAACCCAUUAUUUCUACUUCACAUCAUUGCUUGUCGAGAAAUAAAAGGAAGGACCCGAGGAAGCAAGAAAGCUCUCCAAUCAAAAUGUCAUCACGUCAUCGUGAAAAUAUGAGGGAGAAGGCAAAUAAGUGCACAGAUCAAAAUAAGACAAUUACAGAUGCUAAAAGCUUGGUCUCAUCAACAGAACCUGAGAUUUUGGAAAGCAAUUCCAGCAAAAUUGGUGGUAGAAAUGACAUACCCAGGUGCCAACAAUCAGAAUGUUCUGUGGAAGUGCAACAGGAACCAGAAAAUGAAGACUGCUUAAGAAAAAGAUUACAUUCUAAUUCACUGGACACUUCAGGUGCUGAUUCUUCUGGGGUAUCAAAUGCCAAAACAUGCAUUAUUUCAUCUUCUAAAAAAGAGAGAGUGGUCAACUUACCUAAAGCACCUGUGUCACUCAGGAUCAAGAAACGAAGAAAGAGGAAUUUCAAAGAUGUUACUAAUACAUCUUCAGUGAAAACAUCUAGUAAAUCUUGGCCUUUUCAAACCAGUAGUAUUACUAAGGGUUCUUCAGCUGUACUUGAAGGAGACAUUUUGUGCAGCCCAAACAUUCCAAGGCUUGCACAUGAAAACUUAGAAAAUUCCAGUUCCACUAGUAGUUUUCCAGGAAAAAAACAAAAAGUUGAUUUUGAUAGUGAUGAGGAAAGUUUAGAUUGCAGUCUGGAAAGUGAAGAGGAGGAGGAGGAAGAUGUUGUAUUAAAACCACUUCAACAAUUGAUGUCUUUGAAUUCUAGUCAGCCUGCAUCUCCAGAAAAACCUUUUGUUCUUUCAGAAAACCCUAGAGCAUUAUCAUCAGACAAUUCAGUAAGCAUUCGUUACCAGUGUUUUGAGAACCCCUUAGAGAGCAUGAUAAAGGAGAACGAAAAUCCUCCAAGGUCAGAAGAAUGGGAAAAAGAGCUAAAGGAAGAUAUAGUGAAAGGUCAGGGAAUAAAAACCCAAAGUGAGAUAGAAAAAUCAGGAAAUACAAAUGACAGUGGAGAACUCCAAGAAGAGCAUAGGGAGUUCAUAAGGAAAUUCUUCAUUGCUCUUGAUACUAUUCCUGAUUACCAUCCUGGUGAAGAAAUAUUUCACUUUUUUGAUUUUGGGAAAAUUUUCACUCAAUAUACACUGGACUUAAGGGAUUGUAAUUUUGUUCCAAAGAAUGCUAUUGAAGAUCUUAUCCUUAAAUCAGGAAAAACACAGCAAAUUUUUUUAACAACACAAGGAUAUCUCAGCACUGCCUAUCACUACAUCCAGUGUCCUAUACCUGUGUUAAAGUGGCUAUUUCAGAUGAUGUCUGUUCACACAGAUUGUAUCAUUUCUAUACAACUUUUGAAUACGUUGAUAAACAUAACAAUUAGAAACGAUACCACUAGUGGCUCAUCAAGUUGGCCUUGGAUCCCAUCACUAUUUGAUAUAGCAACUGUGUUUAUCAACAUGGGAGUUAGUUUUAAGUGUUUAUUUCCUGUGCAAAAUCUUCAGCCUGUCUUUAAUGAAGAUAUUUUUAAUUUUAAGGUACAACACUUAUCUGAAGAAAGAAAAAGUGAAGAUUCUAUAGUAGAAACUGUUGUUUCAUGUCUUCCAGAAACUAACAUUUUAAAUGUAGUUAAGUUUAUAGGCUUGUGUACAGCUGUAUACCCAGAAGGUUACACAGAUCAAGAAAUAAUCUUGCUACUUUUAAUGUUCUUGAAAAUGAGUUUGGAAAAGCACCUGAAACAGAUUGCACUAGUGGACUUUCAGAGUCUCCUCAUAAACCUGUUGAAAAACAUUAGAGAUUGGGACACAAAGAUGCCUGAACUCUGUAUGGCUAUAAGUGAGCUGUCCACUCAUCAUCACAAUCUUCUGUGGUUGGUACAGUUUGUCCCUAACUGGACAAUACGUGGAAGGCAGGUGAGACAGCAUCUCAGCCUAGUGAUUAUUGCUAAAUUUCUGGACAAGAAACCUGAACAUAUUCCAAGUACCAGUGAAUUGCAGAUGUCUCUCCUUUGUCAGUACCUAAUGCAAAUGAAGCCUUCUGAUUUGUUAAGGAAAAUGGUAGCAAAGAAAAGAAGUGAAGAAGAGGGUAACAUUACCAAAAACUGUUUAACUAUAGAUCUUGAGCAACAGGUAUAUUACCUGACUUAUGUGCUUCUGCACUUAGUCAAUGAAGUCAGUGCCUAUUCUUUCCCUUUUCAACGAAGGAAAUAUUUGCUGAAACUCUGUGGUUCUCUGGAGAAGCAUAUAAAGUGUUAUAUCAAAGAAGACGCAAGGUUUUUUCAUAGGACAAAGGUAGUAGAUUUAGUUGCCAUCAUCCAGGGAAAAUGGCAAGACAUGAUCCAUAAUUCUCAGCCUAUUCAGAAAAUAUAACUUCCUCUUGCUGAGAUCAUAUUAAUGAAUAUAUCUUUGUGGAAAAACUCAUUUAGCAUCAUUGGCAUUUGUAUAUUGGCUCCUGAUGGCUGAGGAGAAGCUGUCAGAAAACACAAGGUGAGAGGUUGGGAUGUAUUAGGAAGUUUUUACUUGUUGUUACCAUUUCAGUAACAGGAAAGAUGUUUUAAGUUUGAUUUGCAGGUCAACCCCCAGAGGUCAGGUAGAAAAUGGUAACUGAAUUGAUAUUAAUUAUUGAUAAGAGCCCAAAGGUCAGUGGCUAGCACAAUGCUUGCACAUCUUUACUGCUUCUGAUGGAUGUUCAAAUUGAAUUGAAGCUUACGUCAUUAUAAAUAAUAUAAAUGUAGUUGAUGGAGAGAACAGUCGUGACCCUUGAGGAGCUCAUAGUAUGAGGAGGAAAAGGAGACAACAAGCAAAUAGUUCUGUGAACAAAUGAGAAACAGGAUUAAUAGUACAUACAUAAAUUAAUAAUUAAGAGGUAUUUAAAAAGGCUUUCCUUAGAAGAUAGGAUUUUCAUUGGGAUUUGAAAUUAUUCAUGGAAUUAAAGGAAAGAAGCUGAUUUUCUUUUUUUAAAGUACAAAAAUCCUUAAUGACAAGAAAAUAACCAUUUACAUGUGGCUAUGCCAGUGAAUCAGGAAUGUUUGGGGAGUCCUCUUAGGUUUCUGGUUUUAUAUCUCUAAAUGUGGAGUCAUCUCAGAUGGCAAAUUAGAUAUAGCUAGUAAGUAGAGUUGUUUUUAUUUAUCAUCAGUUUUCUUUCUCAUUGUGCUCUGCCUCUUUAACUUUAUUUGGUCAAUAGUUAAGCUGUCCAGAAGGGCAUCCAGAAAGAAUAAAACUUUUUUAGUAAGAAGUUUUUGCAUUGCACAGUGUUUAAAAUACUUCGAGUAUGUUACUUGAUAUUAAAAGCUUCAUUUGUUUCAGUUUGAGCUUCUAAUGUUUAAUGGUAAUGCUUCUGUACCUCCUAAACUUGUGUGUGUGUGUGUGUGUGUGUGUGUGUGUGCGCGCGCGCGUUAGCAUGUGCUCGUGCGCAUCUGUUUGUAAUUUUAUGCAUUCAUCCUAUUAUCAUACAUUGCCCCCCAACUUUUGCUUUAAGUUAUUCAGUUCUUGACCAUGUUAUGCCAUGUGUUGGAAUAAUGUUUUUUCCAGAUCUCGGGAAGAUGAAUUGCAAAUACAAUUUAAAAUAUUAUUUUGGUAGCAUUUGCAUUUUUGUCUUUUUCCAUAUACUGUAAUCUAGUUUCUAGUAAUUCCCAAGGGAAAAUGUCCUCAGACAUUGUCACUUUUUUUUUUUUUUAUCCUGUCUUUAUCCAACCACUGUGCUUGAUUAUCUCCCCUAGGCCACUGUGUGACCAAGAUUAUCAGGAAAAGAGAUAUUUUGGGGUGUAGAAGACAUUGGCAUUAGAAUUCCAGUAGCCUUUUACUACAUUAGUAUUAGCUGUUUAACAAGAAGUUGACAGGAAAACUAUCAGCAUCCUCUCAUUGAGAGAAGUUUCUUCACAAAGUUCCAGAUGUGAUUACCAGAAACCUCAGUGUGCUAUUAAAGUAGAUUGUUGUGUCCAAGUAUAAGGUUUUUUUUUUCCUUCUGAUUGUGUAAUAAAAUUUAAUGGUAGGAGUUAAUAGUUAGGAGCUGGGGAGAUCAGCCCUGAAAAAUACUCUUCACACCUUUCACAGCUCUGACAGUGGGUGUGUCUGAAUUUGAAGAUAUCUACUACAUGUUAAUCAAAACACACUUCCCAAAGACAAGUUAGAGGGAUGGCUUAAAAGGAGGAUACCAUGGAACUGCAGGUUUGUUGUUAUAUGAACUUUACUGGUUCCAAAUCUCACAUAUCAUUUCUACUAAAACUGUAAUGUGUUUCAAUACUGUAGCAAUCAGGAAUUUAGGGGCAGGCUACCCAGAUAAAUCUUCAGUUAAGAGAAAUUAUAUAUUAUCUGAUUAGAAGGAGAGCAAGAAAUGGCUAUUGACAGUGAGCCCCAUGAAAAUGGGCCUGAACUCAGAUUAAAAAGCAGAGACAAACUUGAAAUUGAAUUUGAAUAGACUAAUUAGACCUAGAAACUCAUAAGCAAAACUUGCAGAAUGACAAGUCUGAGAAUAUUGUAAUCAAGAUUGUCUCCACAAGGAGGCACUUAAACUCAACAGUAGCAAAAGAUGUUAAAAUCUUGUGGUUUCUUGUUGACAGCUCAAAAGUAAAAGUGCUUGGGAAACAUUAAAGGAAAAUACAUCUAGAAAUGAGAAGUUGUCUCACAAACCCUUGGCAUCCCUUUUUCCACCCUAGAGUAUCACUAGGAGAGUUUCAGGAGAAGUUCACAUUCUCACCCUGGGAGAAUAGGGGAAAUGGGAUCAGAGCAAAGUGAUUAAUAACGUACAAAGAAGAGUUAGGACUAAGGAGAAGGCAGCUUCUUAACUUUCAAAGUGCUCUUGAAGAAGACAGAACCUAAAUGAAGUGGAAAAUGGCUUAAAAGUGAGAAAAUGGCUUAAAAGUGAGAAAGCACAAGUUAUUUAACACAGCCUCACUUUCAAAAUGUUUGAUUGCUUACAUAGUAUUUUCAAAGCCUUUUCAUGUGAUCCAAGUAACUCCUGAGUUGGUGUAGUGGAAGAAGAACACCUGAUUUAAAUUCUGGCUCAGAUAAUUUAUCGUAUAAUUUGACGUUUUACUUAAUUUCCCUGAAAUUUUCUGUUUGUAAAAUGGGAACAGUAUAAGUACUGUCACUUCCCACCUUCCAGGCUUAAUGUGAGAAAAGCACUUGGACUAUUUGUACAGUACUGUAGAAAUGUCAGGUAUUUUCCCCAUUUUAUAGAGGAGGGAAGAAAUCCAAAGGCAUUAACUGAUUCAUUUGCACAAUUAAGACUAGAGCUCAGUCUUUCUGAGUUAUGACUACAGAGUGUUUCCCAUCUCAAGAGAUAGAGACAAUAUAUUAAAAGGAUUUGGUAGAGAAAUAAUCUAAGGAAAGUGUAGCAAUCAAGGGAAGCUUUUUGGAGGAAGUUGUUUUUAAUAACUAUUUCCUAUCUAGUGAUCAAGCUUGGUUUUGUAAUCAAAUACAGUAAUAGGUCUUAAUCUACCUUAGUAGCAAACCCAAUAUAACUAGAGAAAUAUUCAUUAGUGAAUAAAGCAGAUUUCCCUAAAUUAUAAAAAGAAAAGGAAAAAGGCUGAAGUAACCUCCCCCUACUUCCUAUCCAAAAUAUAUUUUCAUUUCCUGUUUACCAUGGCCCUCCAUUUAAUCAUGCCCAAUCCAGCCCGUUUUCAUUUCUAUUUUGCUUCUGCUCAUCCUGGAGUGUCCGUCUCUUUCUUUUUUAGGAAUCUACAGGUUUUGCUAAGGAUUAGAUAUCUGUGCUUGUGGUUUAUCCAGAGAAGUAGCAUUUCCUUUAUGUGUCUAGGAACAGACUUGUCAUCAUCUUCAGCUCUGCCUUCCCCACCUCAAAACAAUACAAUGCUGAGAUAUAUUGGGUAAUUACACAUUUUUAUUACCGAGGAGGAUUGUGGGGUGAUAUAUUUGGAAAUGUUUUUUUAAAGGCAUAAUUUAUUAAAUGGGAGAAUUUUUUAGUAAGUCUUCCAGGGGAAUGGGAAGUGUUCAAGUCCUUUUUCUUACCAAAGGUUGGUAGGCUUAGAUCUACAGAUGAACUCAUGAAUCUGGAAAAGAGAAAACAUCAGGAAUGUGAUCUUAAAAGUAUUCGAAGGGCUAUCAUUCAAGAGGAGUAAACUUUAUUCUGUUCCUUGCCCCAGGAAAUUGAACUCACAUGAGAAAAAUUGCAAGAGAGGCAGAUUUAGCCCGGAAGAAUUACUUAGCAAUCAGAGCCAACCAAAAAGCGGACUGCCUUGGUGUCUAUUGCCCCUUCAUUAGACCUUCAAAGGUUGGAUGUGUCAUAGCAGCUUUUUUUGGAGGACACAUUGUCCAGGGAGGAGAUAUUUCUGGUUUUGUGAAAAUUAGGAUAGUUAGUGCACAAAGUAACAAGGACGGGGAAGAGGGUGGAGUCUAGAGGUUCAGUAACUAAUGAAAACAGUUUAAAAAGUAGAAGAGAGGAAAUUAUGGUAUUUCUAAUUCAACCCCCUCGUUCAUUCACUGAUGCAGAAAUUGGGUGAUUUGCUUAAGAUUUCCCUAGUGGAAAGAUCCAGAAACAGGAUGCCAAACCCAAGUCCUCAGAUUGCAAAACCCUGUAUUCUCUCCACAAGGAUUAGUCAGUAGUUACACUGCAUCUAAGCCAAAUUGAGUAGCUGUUGUUCAUUCUCCUAGAGGACCAUGACAUCAGGGAGGUGAUAUGACAUGUAAGUGAACUGCAUUUAAGUGAGAGAGAACUGUGCAAGAGUUGCUUGUGGGCCAGAUACAAAUCUGAACAUCUAUAAGAUGAUCAGGAGAUGGCCCUGGAUGCAAUGGGAGACCUUGGCCUUUUUAAGCUGUGGUCUUCAAUAGGUUUCAGUUUGAGGCAACCAUCUCAGAAGGCAAGAUAAGAAAUGAGGCAAAGAAUGGCCUUUUACCUAAUUUGAAAAGAAAGUGAAUUUGAUAGGAGAAGAUUUUGGGGUUUCUGGCCCACCAAGAAACAAUUUGGUAUUUACAUUCAUUCCGAGCCAUUUGGGAACCAAGCAUUAAGUGGGACUUGGCCGGGAAUCUUUUCUUGGCCAAUCAGUGAACCAGAGUGAUUUGGGUUUAAAGUGGGGUCCUUAUUGUGAAUACAUCCAACCAUUCUGGAGAGCAAUUUAGAA